AGGUAAGGUGAAUGCCCGAACAGGGUUCCCCGGAGCCAUGGCCUGCUCCAUUGUCCAGUUCUGCACCUUCCAGGACCUCCAGGCCGCCCGGGACUUCCUCUUCCCUCGUCUGCGGGAGGAGAACCCCAGCUGCACCGUGAGGAGGGACCCCAGUAAAUCAAACUGGGAAGAUGAUGGUUGGGGAGCAUGGGAAGAAACAGAGCCCCAAGAACCUGAAGAAGAAGGAAAUACGUGCAAAACACAAAAAACUUCCUGGCUUCAAGAUUGUGUUUUAUCCUUAUCUCCAACCAAUGAUCUUAUGGUUAUAACUCGGGAGCAAAAAGCUGUAUUUCUAGUGCCAAAAUGGAAACACAGUGAUAAAGGGAAGGAAGAAAUGCAGUUUGCUGUUGGUUGGAGUGGCUCUUUAAGUGUCGAAGAAGGGGAAUGUGUAACCAGUGCUCUGUGUAUCCCACUAGCAAGCCAGAAGAGGAGUUCCACUGGACGACCAGACUGGACCUGCAUUGUGGUGGGCUUUACUUCGGGUUACGUACGCUUCUACACAGAGAGUGGCGUGCUCUUGCUCUCACAGCUCCUGAAUGAGGACCCAGUGCUACAGCUCAAGUGCAGGACCUAUGAAAUCCCACGACAUCCCGGCGUGACGGAGCAGAAUGAAGAGUUGAGUAUCUUAUAUCCAGCUGCCAUCGUGACUAUUGACGGAUUUAGCCUUUUUCAGUCUCUUCGUGCUUGUCGAAAUCAGGUGGCCAAAGCUGCAGCAUCAGGCAAUGAGAACAUACAGCCACCACCGUUAGCUUAUAAGAAGUGGGGUCUACAAGAUAUUGACACAAUUAUCGAUCAUGCUAGUAUUGGUAUUAUGACUCUGUCCCCUUUUGAUCAAAUGAAGACUGCCUCCAAUAUAGGUGGAUAUAAUGCAGCAAUUAAAAACAGCCCACCCGCUAUGUCUCAGUAUAUCACUGUAGGGUCCAAUCCAUUUACGGGCUUCUUCUAUGCUUUAGAGGGAAGCACGCAACCAUUAUUAUCUCACGUUGCACUAGCAGUGGCAAGUAAACUCACUUCUGCUUUAUUUAAUGCUGCCAGUGGUUGGCUUGGUUGGAAAAGCAAGCAUGAAGAAGAAGCUGUCCAGAAGCAAAAACCCAAGGUUGAACCAGCUACCCCAUUAGCUGUAAGGUUUGGACUUCCAGAUUCUAGACGCCAUGGUGAAAGUAUAUGUCUGUCUCCAUGUAACACGCUGGCAGCAGUAACAGAUGAUUUUGGCAGAAUUAUUUUGUUGGACGUAGCUAGAGGAAUUGCAAUACGCAUGUGGAAAGGGUAUCGAGAUGCACAGACUGGUUGGAUCCAAAUUGUAGAGGACCUCCACGAAAGAGUGCCAGAAAAGGUGGACUUCUCCCCCUUUGGAAGUCCUCAGGGUCCAAGUCGAGUAGCUCAGUUCCUUGUGAUCUAUGCACCGCGGAGGGGCAUUUUAGAAGUGUGGAGCACACAGCAGGGCCCUAGAGUAGGCGCUUUCAACGUGGGAAAGCACUGCAGGCUUCUGUAUCCUGGCUAUAAAAUAAUGGGCUUAAAUAACGUUACCAGUCAGAAUUGGCAGCCGCAGACUUACCAGAUCUGUCUGGUUGAUCCAGUGUCUGGAAGUGUGAAAACAGUAAAUGUCCCUUUCCAUUUAGCAUUGAGUGAUAAGAAGAGUGAACGAGCCAAGGACAUGCACUUAGUGAAGAAACUGGGAGCCUUACUGAAAGCAAAAUCUCCCAAUCUUGAUUUGAUUGAAACAGAAAUAAAGGAAUUAAUUCUCGAUAUUAAGUACCCUGCAACCAAAAAACAAGCAUUGGAAAGCAUUUUGGCAAGCAUACGUUUACCAUUUUCCUGCCUUAGAAACAUCACUCAGACGUUAAUGGACACUUUACAAAAUCAAGAGCUUGAGUGUGUUGAUGAAGGAUUGCUACAGUUUUGUGCCAAUAAAUUGAAAUUACUCCAUCUUUAUGAGUCUGUCAGUGAAUUAAAUUCCAUUGAUUUUCAUUCAGACACGCCAUUCUCGGAUAAUGACUUGGCUGUGUUACUAAGGCUUGAUGAAAAAGAACUUCUUAAGCUCCAGGCGUUAUUAGAGAAGUAUAAACAAGAGAACAGCAGGACUGCUGUCCGAUUUUCUGAUGAUAAGGAUGGUGUAUUGCCUGUCAAAACAUUUCUGGAAUAUUUAGAAUAUGAGAAAGAUGUGAUCAACAUAAAGAAGAUAAGUGAAGAGGACCGUGUGGCUUUAGGCAGUUUCUUUUUUUGGAAGUGCUUAUGUGGAGAAAGUUCCACUGAGGAUAUGUGCCACGCUCUGGAGUCAGCUGGACUUAGCCCCCAGCUGUUGUUGUCUCUGCUCCUGAGUGUUUGGCUUUCUAAGGAAAAAGAUAUUUUGGACAAACCGCAGUCUGUCUGCUGUCUCCAUACGACGCUGUGCCUCCUGAGCAAGAUGAAAGUGGCCAUCGAAGAGACCUGGGACUCUCAGUCAGUGUCCCCUUGGUGGCAGCAGAUGCGCACGGCCUGUAUUCAGUCUGAGCACAACGGGGCUGCUCUGCUUUCCGCGCACGUCGGGCACGCUGUCGCAGCCCAGAUAUCCAACAGCUUGACCGAGAAGAAAUUUUCCCAAACAGUUUCGGGUACUGAUUCGGAGGCCCUCACUGAUUCCUGGGAGGCCCUUUCCCUUGACACCGAGUACUGGAAACUUCUGCUGAAACAGCUGGAGGACUGUCUCCUUCUUCAGACUCUGCUUCAUAGCAAAGUGAAUGCCUCAACCUCCAAAGCAUCAUCACUGCAGGCUGAGCCGCUUCCGAAGCUUUCUGUUAAAAAGCUGUUAGAAGGAGGAAAAGGUGGCAUUGCAGACAGUGUAGCCAAGUGGAUAUUUAAACAGGAUGUCAGCCCUGAAGUAUUAAAACUGGCUAAUAAAGAAAGAAAUGCAGAAAACUCAGAUGAACCCAAAGAAGGUAUUAACAGAGGUUUAUCUGAGGUGUCAGAGGUGGAGACGGACUUGGGAGCCAUCCCAGACCUGCUGCAUUUGGCCUACAAGCAGUUUCCGUGUAGCCUCGAGCUGGACGUGCUGCACGCCCAUUGCUGCUGGGAGUAUGUUGUUCAGUGGAAUAAAGAUCCGGAGGAAGCACUUUUUUUUGUUAGGUCAAUAGAACACUUGGAGCACAUUCUUAAUGCACAUGUUCAGAAUGGCAUCGCACUGAUGAUGUGGAACACAUUUUUAGUUAAAAGGUUUUCUGCUGCUACCUACUUGAUGGAUAAGGUUGGAAAAGCACCAAAGGAUAGGUUAUGCCGAAGGGAUGUGGGGAUGAGCGACACAGCAAUGACAUCUUUCCUUGGGUGUUGCUGGGAUCUUCUUCAGACUUUAAUGGAGGCAGACGUCAGCCGGGAUGAAAUGCAAGUGCCCGUCUUGGACACGGAGGAUGCCUGGCUGGCCGUGGAAGGACCGGUCUCCAUAGUGGAGCUGGCGCUGGAGCAGAGGCACAUCCACUACCCACUGGUGGAGCACCAUUCCAUCCUGUGCUCCCUCCUGUACGCUGUCAUGAGGUUCUCUCUGAAGGCCGUGAAGCCACUCUCUCUCUUUGAUAGUAAGGGGAAAAACGCAUUUUUCAAAGACCUAACUUCAAUUCAGUUAUUACCUAGUGGGGAAAUGGAUGCAAAUUUUAUUUCUGUACGACAGCAGUUCUUAUUGAAAGUCGUCAGUGCAGCUGUCCAGGCCCGACAUGCAGUCACGAAGGACAAAGGCUCCUCAGAAGAGGCAAUGACCACUCUUUUGGGGAAAGACCAAGAUUGGCCAGUGCUGGCCCUGGAUCUGGCCCAUCACCUUCAAGUUAGUGAAGAUGUUGUUAGGAGGCAUUAUGUGGGGGAACUCUACAGCUAUGGAGCUGACCACUUAGGAGAAGAGGCCAUCCUCCAGGUUCAGGACAAAGAGGUCCUGGCCUCGCAGCUGCUGGUGCUGAUAGGGCAGCGGCUGGCACACGCGGUGCUGCGCACGCAGACGAGGGAGGGGCUGGAGCUGCUUGCCAGGCUGCCCCCGACACUGUGCACCUGGCUGAAGGCCAUGAGCCCCCAGGAUCUUCAAAACACAGAAGUGCCAAUUGCAACAACAGCUAAACUAGUAAAUAAAGUAAUUGAGCUUUUACCAGAAAACCACGGGCAGUAUAGUUUAGCCUUGCACCUCACUGAAGCUGUGGAAGCCAUAGCUAUUCCUCCUUUAUGACACUUUAUCUACUGUAAACAGUCUAAAAUUGUGUGACUAUAAUAUGAAUUAGUGCAUGGUUAUUUUACACAGUAAGAUCUGGAAUUUUAUGGAGGGAAUAUGGUUUUUUUCCUUUUGUAAAAUAAAUAAAAAUACAUUAUUACUUUUAAAAAGUGCAGUCUUGGCUAAAUUCCCCUCCUUUGGUUAAUACUGAUGAUAAAAUAUGAACAAGUAUCAACUAUACUAUUAACUCCUCUUGCAGAUGUUUGACUGUUUAUUUUUAAUUCAAGCACUUAAGUAGCUUUAUUGUUAAACUUUGCUAUUUAAAACUGGUUAUAAUUUACAGAUUAUGUUCUUAUUAUAACAUUCUACAUUUCGUACUCAAAACGUUAUUGUAAUUAAAUUUAAACGUGUUCAUGUAUAGUCCCCACCAGUUACAUGAGAGAAGUACACCACUUUCUUUUUAGUAAAUGCUGGGAAAACGCUUUUGUUAUCAUGCUUGGUCCCGUACUGGGGCACUGCCCCCUGGAGCUCUGGAUGCUGACAGGUUUCUUUCCCAGAGGUUAUGCUGUUGCCAUCGGAGGAGGAUGACCCUGCCUGUGGCGGAAUAAUGGGUUCAAGAUCAUAUAUUCAUCAGAAUGGACACUAAAUGGAACCCUUAACCUGCUGUACUUGCCAAAACAGAAUCUAAGAUGCAAGCAACACAGCAAAAUUAAUUAAAAUGCAAGUUAAGAUUUGCUUUUUGCCAAGAUUCAAAGCUGUAUCCACAUCAGGAAGAAGCCAACUCUCGCAAUUGUACAAAUUUGAGGCGUUAAUCAGGAACAUAAAGGAAAAGUCUGAUGUUUGAGGAUAUCCCAGUGUAAAUUCUUUUUAACUAAGAGAUCACAUCCAAAUAAGAACUGUCUAAAACUUAAUAAUUACUGUUUCAUUUGUCGAUAAAAUCUUGAAAGAUUAAUUUUUCCGAUGUCUUGAGGACGUGGGGUGAGGGCCUUGUAUGUCUGAUUGAGGCACACGCUGCAAUAGAAACACUGAAAACGACCUCGGGCUGGUCUAGCCUCUCAGCCUCUGCUGGAAUCUCUGCUGCCCCAUCCAGACACAUUUAUAUGAUUUCUCGUAAACAUGUCUAGCUCUAUAUAGUCACUUGCGUGCAUUCUGAAAGAUUAGUUCUUUCUGUGACUUUUCUAAAUACUCUGAAAGUAGUUAUGAACCUUGGAGGCUGGUCAAAGAAACUUGGAAUUACAGGCGUUUUUAAAGAUUAAUAAAUCAUAGUCACUUUGAUUCCAUUAUCACUUUUGGGGGAGAGGGUAUCUAAUAAGCAUUUUAGAUAAUAAAACUGGCUGAACUUAUUCUAGUAGGACAUGUAAUCAAAUUUGGGGAUUGUUGAGAAUAUUAAUCAGCUGAAAUAUGGCUCCUAGAACCAUAACAAAGCAUUGAGUCUCUAGUUAAGAUUUAUAAUCCUAAACAUUGCCAUUCAAAGAAUUUUAAAAUUGAAUUCUCAGUUGUAUGAUUAAAAAAAGCAGUUAAAUAUUUUACUACUUCAUUAAGGGCUUUUAAAAUAAACCUGAUAGAGGAAAGGAAAAUAAAUACCUGUGUAUGCAUUGUGUAACCAUGAAGAGCCACAAAUAACGAUACAGAAUGGACAGUUUCUGAAACAGGCAUGUUGCACAUACUGCAGUUAUUGGUGGGAAACCGAUAACUAGCGAGUAGUGUUUUCUUAGAUCUACUCCCACCGCCAACCCCCCAAUGCACCUUUCCUCAUGAACAUUAAAUAGGCAUUUUAUACCUUGUUAAAUUCUGUUGUAUAAUGCAAAGGAAAACAAAAGCGUUCAAAUAAUCAUAAAUUCUGCAUUACAGGUUGUAUUUAGAUGUAGAACUAGAAGAGACAGGAUAAAUGCAAAUGAAGAGGAAUAUAGCACACCAAGCUUCUAAAUGGUUCAUGCUUUUGCAAAAAGAAAAAUGAGGUAUGGAGAAAAGUGUUUCACCUUUGUUAUAAAAAUUAAACUAAGGUUGAAGUAAACACUGUUCAAUUUAAAUUGCUUUCUUUAAAAAAGAAAUUGAUUACAGUUUAAAAUCACAGAAAACUCAGAUUUAAUAACACUAAGCAUACAUGGAAUAAUAAGUUCUCUUAGCAGUUGCUGUGGUUCAUUUCACUUACAAGAGACAAAUAUUUUUAAAGUACUCAACAGCAACAGUGAAAGCCCUCUCUCACCCUGACAGGAAUGGAUUUGCUGUAUUUCUGCUAAACAGAAUUAACCAUCCUUGGAAAGAUUCUAAUCCAGUACUGAAUUGUUUAUAAAAUGCCCUAUUAUCUACUGUAAUGUAUUGUAAGUAGUCAAAUUCUGUAUAUACUGCUAUUUUCUGUGUCUGUUCAUUGUAGUGAACUUUUAUGUGUAUUAGUGAAAUAAAUUUUCAGCUUUCA